UCGCCGCCACCUCCGCUGUCGUUUCUGCACUCUUCGCGGUCCGGGGCACACUCUGUGCUCCUGUGCCAGCUCAGCGGUGGCGAGAGACACUACCCGCCAGCGGAGACAUGAGGAGCGUCCCGCGGGCCGCCGUUGUCCUGGGGCUGCUUCGCCUCUGCCUGGCCCAGGCCAACUUCGCCCCCUACUUCUUUGACAAUGGGGUCGGCAGCACCCACGGAAACAUGGCGCUGUUCAGCCUCCCAGAGGACACUCCUGUAGGCUCUCAUGUGUACACACUGAACGGGACAGACCCCGAGGGAGACCCCGUCUCCUACCACAUCAGCUUUGACCCCAGCACUAGAAACAUCUUUUCUGUUGACCCCAACUGUGGAAACAUCACUCUGGUUGAAGAGCUGGACCGGGAGAGGGAGGACGAGAUCGAAGCCAUCAUCGGCAUCUCCGAUGGCCUGAAUCAGGUGGCAGAAAAAGUUGUGAUCCUGGUGACUGAUGCCAAUGAUGAGGCGCCCAGGUUCAUCCAGGAGCCAUAUGUCGUUCUGGUUCCCGAGGACACACCUGCUGGGAACAGCAUCUUUAAGGUCCAUGCAGUGGACAGGGACACAGGCUCUGGAGGGAGUGUCACUUACUUCCUGCAGAAACCACACUCCACCAAAUUUGCUAUGGAGCGCCACAGCGGCGUGCUGCGCCUGCGGGCGGGGACCACGCUGGACUACGAGAAGGUCCGGGCCCACUUUGUCACAGUGGUCGCCAAGGACGGCGGAGGGAGGCUCCGGGGGGCUGACGUCAUGUUCUCAGCCUCCACCACCAUCACAGUCAGCGUGGAGGAUGUCCAGGACAUGGCCCCUGUCUUCGUGGGCACACCCUACUACGGCUACGUGUAUGAGGACACCCUUCCGGGUUCAGAGGUGCUGACUGUGGUGGCCAUGGAUGGAGAUCGGGGCAAACCCAACCACAUUCUCUACGGCCUCGUGAACGGGAGCGAUGGAGCCUUUGAAAUUAAUGAGACGUCUGGAGCCAUCUUGGUCGCGCAGAGCCCUGCCCAGCUCCGGAAAGAGGUGUAUGAACUGCAUGUACAGGUGACUGAGGUCAGCUCUGACGGGCACCCAGCUGCCCACGCCAUGGUCCCAGUCACCAUCAGGGUCGUGGACCUCAACAAUCACCCCCCAACAUUCUAUGGAGAGAAUGGACCCCAGGACAGGUUUGAGCUGUCCAUGUACGAGCACCCACCCCAGGGCGAGAUCCUGCGGGGCCUCAAGAUCACCGUCAACGACUCAGACCAGGGAGCCAAUGCCAAAUUUAACUUGCGGCUGGUGGGACCUGGAGGCAUCUUCCGAGUGGUCCCCAAGACAGUCCUGAAUGAAGCCCAAGUCACGAUCAUUGUGGAGAACUCGGCUGCCAUUGACUUUGAAACGUCCAAAGUGUUAACCUUCAAGCUCCUGGCCAUCGAGGUAAACACCCCAGAGAAGUUCAGCUCCACAGCGGAUGUGGUGAUCCAGCUCCUGGAUACCAACGACAAUGCCCCCAAGUUCACCUCCCACUUCUACGUUGCCAGGAUCCCCGAGAAUGCCCCAGGGAGCUCUAACGUGGUGGCUGUUACAGCUGUAGAUCCAGACACAGGCCCCUGGGGCGAAGUCAAAUACUCCAUCUAUGGGACCGGGGCCAACUUGUUCCUGAUCCACCCCUCCACUGGGAUCAUCUACACCCAGCCCUGGGCCAGCCUGGAUGCUGAGGCCACUGCCAGGUACAACUUCUACGUGAAGGCAGAAGACCUGGAGGGCAGGUACAGCCUGGCCGAGGUGUUCAUCACUCUACUGGAUGUCAAUGACCACUACCCCCAGUUUGCAGAGAAUAUCCAGGAGAAGACCAUGGUGCUAGGGACCCCACUGAAAAUUGAGGCCACAGACCAGGACGCAGAGGAGCCCAACAACUUGGUGGACUAUUCCAUCACCCACGCGGAGCCAGCCAACGUAUUCGACAUCGACGUGCACACAGGCGAGAUCCGGCUGAAGAAGUUCAUCCGCUCCCUGGACGCACUGCACAACGUAACUCCCGGUGGGGACGGCUUGUGGUCCGUUGAGGUGCAGGCCAAGGACCGCGGCUCCCCCUCCUUCAGUACCACAGCCUUGCUCAGGAUUGACAUCACAGACGCCGAGAUGCUGUCUCGGGGUCCCAUGGCCGCCUUCCUAAUGCAGACCAGAGACAACCCCAUGAAGGCCGUGGGCGUGCUGGCUGGCAUCAUGGCCAUUGUCGUGGCCAUAACUGUGCUCAUCUCCACUGCCACCUUUUGGCGCAACAAAAAGUCCAACAAAGUCCUGCCUGUGCGGCGCGUGCUCCGCCAGCGGCCCAGCCCUGCGUCCCGCACUGUCCACCUUGAGUGGCUCAAGUUCAGGAGGGCAAAGGCUGCAGCCAAGUUUGCCCUCAGAGAGGAUGCUUCCAAUGAGAACUGCAACAACAACAGGCUGGGGAGCUCACUGCCCCCCAGAGCCCCAGCUCCCCCACCUCCACCCAGAGUGCUGCCCACCAUGGGCGCUGCCCACUGGACGGUGCCUACAGUCUCAGGCUCACUGGCCUCCCGGCAGCCCCAGUGGUCACCGAAGCCAAAGGCAUUGGGAAGCCCCAUCAAGUCAGCUCUGGUUUCAGAGCUCAAGCAAAAGUUUGAGAAGAAGACUGUAGACAACAAGGCUUACUUCUAG